UAUGGGAGCUUUUCUUGACACAUAUUUCCUCUUGUGUGUGUACCUAAUCUUAUUUUUUUUCUCUUGCUCUUUAUGUUUUGCUUCUUCCUCUCUUCAGUCAUCUUGUAAAUUACGGAGAAAGUUUCAUCUGAAUGAAAUGCACAAGCCUGGUGAUGUGGUUCUGGGUGGGCUCUUUGAGGUCCACUUCACCUCUGUCUUCCCUGAGCGGACAUUUACCUCAGAGCCACAACAGCCCAGCUGCAAAGGCUUUGACACUCUAGGGUUCAGGCAUACCAUGACCAUGGCCUUUGCUAUUGAUGAGGUCAACAAGAACUCCAAUCUGCUACCUAAUGUGACUCUGGGAUACAGUCUUUAUGAUAACUGUGGUGCACUUGUUAUUGGAUUCAGUGGUGCAUUAUCACUGGCCAGUGGUCGAGAGGAGCAGUUUCUGCUUCAGGAGAACUGUUUAGGGACGCCACCAGUCCUGGGGAUCGUGGGUGAUUCCUACUCUACAUUUUCUAUUGCCACCUCCAAUGUGCUAGGAUUAUACAAACUACCCAUUGUGAGUUAUUUUUCCACAUGUUCCUGCCUGAGUGAUCGGCAACGUUUUCCAUCCUUCUUUAGAACAAUCCCAAGUGAUGCUUUCCAGGUACGUGCUAUGAUUCAGAUUCUAAAACACUUUGGCUGGACUUGGGUGGGCCUUCUGGUCAGUGAUGACGACUAUGGACUCCAUGUUGCCCAAUCCUUCCAAUCUGACCUGGUUCAGUCUGGUGGAGGUUGUCUGGCCUACUUAAAGGUUUUGCCCUGGGACAGUGACCCAAGUGAACUCAGGAGGAUUGUACAUUUGAUAAAGACAUCAACAGCUCGUGUGGUCAUGGUGUUUGCACAUGAGUUCCACAUGAUUCAUCUAAUGGAAGAGGUGGUGAGGCAGAAUGUGACCGGCCGGCAGUGGAUUGCAAGUGAAGCUUGGACAGCAGCUGCUGUGCUCCAGACGCCCCGCCUCAUGCCAUACCUGAGCGGAACACUGGGCAUUGCCAUCCGUCGAGGAGAAAUACCAGGGCUCAGGGAAUUCCUCUUACAAAUACAUCCUGACCAAAAAGACAACUUUGCAUAUAACAUGGUGAGGCAGUUUUGGGAAUCCACAUUUAAGUGUAGAUUUGCACCACCUCCAACAGGUUGGGUGGAAGCUGAGGGAGCACUAUGCACUGGACAGGAAGAUCUAGAGAAUGUGGAGACUGAGUUUUUGGAUCUUUCUAACCUCAGGCCUGAGUACAAUAUUUACAAGGCUGUCUAUGCUCUGGCGUAUGCCCUUGAUGACAUGCUGCAGUGCAAGCCAGGGAGAGGGCCUUUCAGUGGGCACAGCUGUGCCACUUUGCAAAGACUGGAGCCAUGGCAGCUUGUUCAUUAUUUGCAAAUGGUCAACUUCACCACACCAUUUGGUGAUGAAGUGUCAUUUGAUGAAAAUGGUGACGCCCUACCAAUCUAUGAUAUCAUGAACUGGCAGUGGAUCCCUGAUGGAAGAACUAAACUUCAGAAUGUGGGUGAGGUUAAGAAGUCGGCCUUCAAAGGUGAAGAACUCACAAUUGAUGAAGACAAAAUCUUCUGGAACUUUGAAUUGAACAAGACACCCCAGUCAGUGUGCAGCGAGAACUGUCCUCCAGGUACCCGCAUGGCCAGAAAGAAAGGGGAACCUGUGUGCUGUUUUGAUUGCAUCCCUUGUUCUGAGGGAAAGAUCAGCAAUAAGACUGACUCCAUGGAGUGCACCAGUUGUCCAGAGGAUUUCUGGUCUAGCCCCCAGCGUGACCACUGUGUUCCUAAGAAAACAGAGUUUCUUUCCUACCAUGAACCUCUGGGUAUCUGUUUGACAGCCACCUCGUUGCUGGGCACAUUUAUCUGUGCUGUUGUCCUGGGCAUCUUCACUUAUCAUCGCAACUCACCCAUGGUACGCGCCAACAAUUCAGAACUGAGUUUCCUGCUUUUGAUGUCACUUAAAUUAUGUUUCCUCUGCUCACUGCUUUUCAUUGGCCGCCCAAGACUUUGGACAUGCCAGCUGAGACAUGCAGCGUUUGGGAUCAGCUUUGUGCUUUGUGUCUCAUGCAUCCUGGUGAAAACCAUGGUGGUUCUGGCUGUGUUCAAGGCCUCCAAGCCAGGAGGUGGAGCCAGUCUGAAGUGGUUUGGUGCUGUGCAGCAGAGAGGGACAGUUAUGGUUCUUAUUUCUAUCCAAGCAGCCAUUUGUACUGUUUGGCUCAUCUUUUCCUCACCAUCUCCUCAUAAAAACACUCAAUACCACAAUGACAAGAUAGUUUAUGAGUGUGUUGUAGGGUCCACAGUUGGUUUUGCAGUGUUACUGGGUUACAUUGGCUUACUGGCUAUCCUCAGCUUCCUGUUAGCAUUUCUGGCAAGGAAUCUUCCAGACAACUUCAAUGAGGCCAAGCUCAUUACUUUCAGCAUGCUGAUCUUCUGUGCUGUGUGGGUGGCCUUUAUCCCUGCUUAUGUCAACUCUCCAGGCAAAUAUGCAGAUGCAGUGGAGGUAUUUGCCAUCCUGGCCUCCAGUUUUGGCCUCUUGGUGGCAUUGUUUGGACCCAAAUGUUACAUUAUCCUGAUGAGACCAGAGAGAAACACAAAGAAAGCAAUCUUGGGUCGAGGAACCACCAAGUCAUAAAAGCAGCAGUAACAGUAAAAUGAUGAAUGAAACUAAUUUGAACCAUAUGUAUUUUGCAUUCAUUCAUUAGAGAUCUGCCCUUGAAAUGGCCAAUAUUUAACAAAUAAGUAACCUGCUUUUUAACAUCAGAAAUGUAUUUACUGUAAAGAAUACAUUUAAAAUAAACUGAAAGCAAUAAAGGUAUUGGUGUGUGA